GCCAGUUCCUUCGCCGUGGCCAUGAUGAGCAGCGCCGCGACUUCUGCAAAUGAAACGCGCAAAACCAAGUCUCGACUAGCAGUUCUCUCCUCUUCACUGGACGAACUUGAGGAUCAUCUUCAACCUCUACUCUCGCAAACUCUUCCAGAGACUCUACUCUCACUUGAGCCGCUUCAGCAAGCAAAAUUGCUAACGGAUAUACCAUACGUCGUCUAUGAUCUUGUUUUCAUUUAUCUUAAAACGAGGGGGAUAGAUCCGAAGACUCACCCCGUCAUAGCAGAAUUGGAAAGAGUCAAAAGUUACUUCGGAAAGAUAAAGAACGCUGAGAAUCCUCCUCAACGUACUACGCAGGUAGACAAGGCUGCAGCCACUCGCUUCAUACAACAUGCCAUAUCGCAAGUAACUUCAACAUCCAAUGUUCCUACUCCAAGUGAAACUGAAUAUCCGACCUCGACUCCUGCACCGGCUGCUGUCCCAGUUAAAGUCACUUCUAAAAUGCGUGAACGGGCAGAGUAUGAGCAACGGUUGAAGGAGGGGAAGGAAGGUGACGAGGAGGAAGAAGAUCUGCAAGUGUAUGGGAAUGAGAUGGCAGAGGGAAACGCAUCAACUCGAGCCACCAACACCACAAAACGCAAAAGACCUGCUGUCGAUCACUUCGCCGGUGUUGGUGAACCUGAAUCCGAUGCCGAACCAGAUGUUCCCGCCUCAUCUUUGAACUUGAAGAAAAAGCAGAGGUUCACGGGUAGUGCCGUCAGCACACCCGUCAUAUCGUCUCCCGCAUCUACACCUGCACCUUCAGACGGAGCACCUGAUCCAGGGAAGAAGAAGAAAAAGAAGGCGAAAAAGAAGAAAGAGUCCACGAUUGGAUAACACGCUCAUCUGGUUGGCUAUCGAGUAUCAUUCGCUCUUUACUUGUACUUGUCUACUAAUAGCAUCGGGAGUGACGUCCAUCUGGUGCGGGCGCGGCCCGUCGCAUCAGUAGAUGAACCAUCUCCCGCUCAGCCCGCAAAUUCAGAAGUACCGCGUAUUUGGGCUGUUGGGAUGAGGGCAUUAUCUGUAUUUGACAACUUGGCGGAACAGCGAAGGUCGGCGCGUGUUUCGACGGGAAAAACAGUUGAAGCGGCUUUCAUUAUCCUUAACGAGAUUGUCCUUUAGAAAUUGAUGUUGACC